AUGUCGAGAAUGAGAGAAGUAAUGAGAAGUGUGAAUGUUGCUUUGGGAUUGACUAGUAGUUCGGGUGCUAACCAUGGCAUGAGCAGUGAAGUUCCUAACCCAGAAACAGAGUAUGAGGAAGAGGUGAUUGGAAAUCCACCAUUGAUGCAUAAGAAUGACUUGGAACCCAAGAAACCCUGGGCUAGCCUCUUUUCUGGUGAAGCUCUUACAUCUAAAGGUACUUCUCCGUCCUUCAUUGCACCUUCGAUUUCUGAUGGUAAACCAGUAGAUGUUUUGGAUAGGAUGGAUAUUUCUAAAAUGGCUAAGCAGUGGGAUAGUGCAAUGAUAUUGUAUGUUGUAGGAGAGAAACCUUCUAUUGGGGCUGUUAUUAGGUAUAUUGAGAAGGAAUGGAGGAAUGUUAGCAAACCACAAGUAUAUUUGCAUGAUGAAGGUUACUUUGUCAUUCGAUUUAAAACUAGAAAUGAAAGAGAUAAUGUGCUUGUUGAUGGACCCUAUACCUUCUUUGGUAAACCAAUGGUAAUCAAGCCUUGGUCUGCAAACUUUAACUUCCAGGAGGAGAUAUUGAGGGUGAUUCCUGUAUGGAUCAGAUUACCUAAUCUACCUUUGAACUGUUGGGGGAGUGACUCCCUUAGCAGAAUAGGUAGCUUGCUUGGUGUUCCACUUUGUGCAGAUGAGUGCACAUCAAAACAGAUGAGAAUCUCAUUUGCAAGGCUGCUAGUAGAAGUGGAUGUAACAAAAGAAUUACCUAAAAAUGUGGCUAUCCAGGAUCAUUUAGGUAAAACAAUAUUGCAGAAGGUGGUGUAUGAAUGGCUUCCCCUAUUUUGCUCCAAAUGCCAAACUGUUGGGCAUGUAUGUGGGAAGACACAGGGCAACACAACUAGAUUUCAGCCAGCAGGACAACCACAGAAGAAGGUUGUUCAAGUUUGGCAGCCUAAGAAAACUGUGCAUAUUCAUCAAGUGGAAGGCAAGGAAACUGAGAAUAAGAGUUCUGAGAAUGAUCAGGGUGACCAACUUCCAGUGAGUCAUGAUGAUCCUAUUAUUGUCAACCCUUCUGUCAAUCAUGAUGAAGGGUGGAGAGUGGUUACUAGGAGGAAUAGAGAAACCAGAGCUGUUAUUAGCAGUGUGGGACUAGCUCAAGUUCAUGAGGAUGUACCAGGAAGUGGGGGUGGUGAUGGUGGAAAGGGAGGUGGUGACAUGGGGGUCAUGCCAAUUUAUGCAACAUGA